UUAUACCCUCGCAUCCACUUAGCUUUCACGUUAAGAUUAACUUGUCUUCUUACCAGAAUUUUUGGAAAUAUGGGAAUUUUCAACUUCCUCCUCUUUAUGUGCUACUUGGCACAAGCACUUACCCAAAAUAACCCCCCGCCACAACCUGUCCCCGCCCUGGAGAAGGAAUUUCCAUACCACGUCGCCAUCCAAGAGUAUCGAGCGGGAAGCGGGACUUACGUGCAGCACGGGAGUGGCGUCAUCCUCGAUGACAGACACGUUCUUACCGCGACCAUUGUUGAUGGCGGGGCGGCCCCAUCGACCCGGUACAGGAUCGUGGCGGGAACAAACAACCUAUCCAAUCUGGACGGUGAAGGGGUCCAAAUUCGUAAUUUGUCUAAUGCUGUUUGGCACCCUGAUCGUUGUUACCAAAAUUCUGAAACAAUUAACAACAAUUUAGAAGUCCUUACCCUCGCACAACCCUUAAUUUUUAGUGAGUUUGUCCAACCAGCAGUUCUCCCUGAAGCGUGGCACGUUCCCACAGGACUGGGCACCAUCACCGGAUGGAUCUCCGGAUCCCCCGAUCUUCACAAACUCCCCAUGCCAAUCCUCUCCUACGACGAGUGUUUCACCUUUUUCGGUCACCACAAAACCCGACCGGGACGAAUUUGCUCCGCAUUCCUGAAGAAAGAAGACGGAUCCUCAUAUGAAACCGAUUACGGCCUUGAUCGCGGUCAUCCCGUGACAUGUCAUGAUGCCCCGUCCGGUACAGAUUACGUUUGCGGGAUCUAUUCCUUCUCCACGGGGAAAGUUGAGACGGAUUGGAAUUCUUUUUCGGGUUAUCCCAUCGUCUCCACCAACGUGGCUUAUCACUUGGACUGGAUCCGCGCUGAGGUGACCAAGCCAUGAUGACGAUGACACAAUUCAUGACAGUUUUAUUCCCAUUAAAUUCUGGGACUCUGAACAUACUUCAUUCGAGUGUAAAUAGUAAUAAAAAGUAAAUAACA